GAUUGUACUACAAGUGUCCUAUCCCUCUUGCUGGUUGCUCCCCCCCCCCCAUUCAUCCCCCAACACAACACCGCUCUCUUUACACUGAACAUCAACCAAGCAUUCUGGAAGACGAUGAUGAUGAAGCCAACCGCUCGUGGUCGUCUUUUCUUUGGAGUAGUGCUUCUGGUACUGGCCGCCUCCGGAGAGGCUUUCUUCACGGCUGCCCCUGCUCCCGCCGUCUUCAAGUCCCGCGCUUACAGGAUCACCACCACCAAUGUUAACGCCGUCCGCCACGGAGGGCAGCAGGACCAGCAGGACCCGGAACUGAGCGUGUUCGACGCGGGCGAAACGGCAGUUUCUUGGGAAGACUACAAGAAGCAGAAGCCGGAUGAGUUCAAGCUGGACGCCGUGGACGAGAUGCAGUGCUGGAAGACAGACGAGUGCCCCGUUGAAGACGAGAAGAAGUUCACCAAGGCCUGGGAGAUACACAGCGCCGAGAGGAACCCCACCAUGGAGACGCAUUUCGACAGCGAGGGCGAGUGGGAGGAAGAAAGCAAGGGUGCAUGGUCGAAGAAGUGGCACGAGGACGUCGGAGAGGACGACCUUCACGAGGACACCGUGUCGCCCGCAGCCAAAGACGGAUACGGCAUCUGAACUCUGGCCGCUAACAGCCAGCAGGGUUCGGGACCAGGUCACCGGCGACAACAACACCGACUUCCAUGAUGAAACAAAGCCGGCAUCUGACUGGCGUCUAUCUACAAAUUCGGUGGUCGUGGUCGGUACAGGUCGUGUGUAGGGAAUGUCGGUCACAACCUGUCCAGUCUCACAACACUACCGGCUGGGGCUUCGCGAAGGCAAGGGCAUGAUUGAUAUAAAAUCACGGUUGGUUUCAUACCCGCGCUAAGGCGGUGCAUUCAAGCAGUUGCCCAACCGUUGUUCAUCAAGGCAACCUGAGAAGUGUCGGAAAACACGACUUUAUUGGUACGUUUGUAACUCAGCAGCAACAUACGAACUGCAUCGUCGCUUCACACGAGCAGCAACAACGUCAAUUGAGCUCAAGAUUCAGCUCCAAGAAGGCUUGACGGGGUUUGGGAGGUUAGGUGGGCCGUCUUGUUUUU